UUUCAUGUAUGAUGUAUUGACUUGAGGAAAAACUAAAACAUACAAAAUUUUCGCGCUGCGUGUUUGAUGUGGUAGGCGAGGCGAGCAGCAAGAGCCAGAGCGACGAGCGAGCGAUAAUUACCAAAAGAACCAAAUUCCCAUUUGGCUUAACAAAAAGAAAAAUGCGUCGUUUUUUGCAGCUUUUUGCUCUGCCCGUGCUUGCGUCAGCGUUUUUGAAAAAGAGCACCUUCAAGAACAACAAGCGGAAGUACAGUGUCACCACCAAGGUCUCGGUGGACGGCAAUGUGGUGGGCGAGGGCGACGGUCUGAACAACGCCGUGAACACCUGCGUUUCCAGUACGGAUUCCAAGUUCUCGGAGGUGGAAGUGUGCGGUUGCGAGGUAAAGGUGUCCGCGCACUUGAUGACGCGAUGCUCAUAUGCAUUGCAAAUAUGUCUGGGUCUGGAAACAUGUAAACUUCUGAUGCGCAUUGGAGACCAGAAAAAAAUCUGUCAUGCAUGGACCGCAAAAGUUGCUCAUUUCUUGUCACCCAAAGAGAGAAUUUGUCAUGCGGAAGAUGUAGGCAUCGCCUAACGUGCUCAAAACCUGUGUUGCUAGGACUUGCAUUCCAGACCUUCUGCGUCAUGCACAAAUAGCAUCUUCACACUCAUCCAGACCCAGACAUAUUUGCAUUUGAUAGUUCAGAGUACGCGACCUACUCGGAGGAAAUCGGAACCUGCGACUGCAGUAUGAUUCGACAUUUGACGUUUUAACUUGAUCAUCUCCUGGGACUGACUACGACUAGCUUGUGUUUUGGAAUUCCAUGAGAGGGCAUCAUAUUAUGGUGCGAGUCAAACUGUGUCUAUCAAUCUGAUGAUGACGAUUGUACAAGAACAAUCUAAAUCUUUAGAAAAAAAAAUGUUCAUCAAUCAUUUAUAAAUUUUUCAUCAGGUAAGGAGGGUUGCGUGAAGAAGAAGCUCGUCCAUGGCCGCGAAAACCACGAAAUGAAGGCCAUGAGCUACCAGAUUAUCCCGUGCUGAGGAGCAGGGCGUAGCAGGCACUCUUUGUCGGAUGCCUGCUGAGAUGCGUGAUUAAGGUUAUUCGCUUAUUUUGUCGAAGAUCGCAGUAAUUUCGAAUGCGUUUUUGGAAUACGACUUUGAUGCAAGGAGCGAUCGGACUAAGACCUUAAAUGAGUUUUGUUUUCCUUCUUUUUUCCGAAUCCGAGGACGAGGAGCGCAGAUCUUAGCGUGCUGUUUCUGGCACAACUACGGUUUCUUUCUCAGCAAAGCUGAGCGUUUUUGAUGUUGUUUCACAUUGAGGUAGUAUCUUUGAGCGAAAGAUAAGAAAAAGAAAGAUAAUUACCCGUCCGUACUCGUCUACAU